AUGGGCGAACGUAAAGUCCUCAACAAAUACAUCCCUCCCGACUUCGACCCCGCGAAAGUCCCGCGAGGAAAACGCCCCGCCGACGGCCAAAUCAAAGUACGAAUGAUGCUUCCGAUGAGCAUCUGCUGCCAAACCUGCGGGAACUUCAUAAGCAAAGGGACGAAGUUUAACAGCCGAAAAGAAGACGCGAAAGGAGAAACGUACCUAGGGUUACGGAUAUUUCGAUUCUAUUUUCGAUGUCCGAGAUGUAGCGGAGAAAUUGCGAUGAAAACAGACCCGGAAAGGAGCGAUUACGUAGGUACGAGUGAUGCGUUUGCGUUUGAGUGUCGUUUGAAUGGUGUCUCGCUCGAAUCCGCUCGCGAACGCAUUGAAUCCGGCGCGUCUCGAAACUACGAGCCGUGGAAAGGCGAGGAAACCGCGAACGAGUUGAAAGAACGCGAACGACAAGAAGCGGAGGAAGGGGACGAGAUGAAAAAGCUGGAAAACAAGACGAAAGCGUCGAAGAGGGAGAUGGAUUUGAACGCGGCUUUGGACGAGAUGAAAUCGUUGAGCGCGAGGCACGCGAGGAUGGAUUUCGACGGCGUCGUCGCAAAUGUGGCGAAGAUGGGUGAGCGAGAGCGGGAGAAGAGAGAGAUGGAGGAGGAGAUGCGCGCGAAGAAAAUGUACGAGAUGGCGGUAAAAGAGAGUAAAGCGAGAGAGGAGAAGAAGCAACAACAGAAACAAAGAGAAAGAGGAGAAGAUGCGCGUACUAAUACUAAUAACGAUACUAAAAGCGCCGACGACAAAGGAGAACACAAAAAAUUAGAAGACAUUUACAGCGAAGACGAGGAAGAAAAAGAAGCGAGAGACGCGGAAGAAGCGAGGCUUCGACGGCGCAAAAUCAUCGAAGACGUCGGCGAAGAACACGGAACGAAGAAAACCUUCGAAAAGGAGACGACGAAGACGAAGAAAAAGCUGGCGAUACAACGCGUCGUCGCGACAUCCGCGGAUGCGAACGUAGAAAAAGAAGAACCAAAAGCGCCGGUGGUACCACCGAGCGCUUUACUCGCGCAACACUACUCUAGCUCUAGCGAAUAA